AUGGGUUUCAAUCUUCACGCCAGCGGGACAUCUGAUCCCAAGGAGGUGCGCAAUUGGAAGAUUCAUUUUAUUGCCAUCGUCGCAUCUAUGUCUGCUAUCGCCAUGGGCUACGACACUUCAGUCAUUGGAGGUACUUUAGCUCUGGACUCCUUCCGCCGCGAUUUCAAAACCGAUCAGAUAUCCAGCACAGCACGCGAUACUUUGCAAGGAAAUAUUGUCUCUACAUUUCAAGCUGGCUGCUUUUUUGGAUCUCUACUAACCUUUCCUCUUGCGGAGAAGAUUGGCCGCAGGAAGGCCAUCAUGAUUGCUUCCUGCGUGUUUCUUGUUGGCGGCUCCCUCAUGACCGCCGCAAGUGGGCAUCUUGCAAUGAUCAUCGCUGGGCGCGCGAUUGCAGGUCUUGGAAUCGGCUCUGUCUCCCUUGUGGUCCCAGUCUAUAUUGCGGAAACCUCACCCCCAUCUAUUCGUGGCAGAUUAGUCGGCAUCUUCGAAAUUGCCAGUCAGGGUGGCGGCAUGUGCGGGUUCUGGAUCAACUAUGCGGUGGAUCGUACCAUCUCAGACAACAUGAGAACUCAGUGGAUUGUACCCCUUGGACUGCAACUUCUGCCUGGGAUCUUACUGUUUAUUGGCAUAAUUUUCUGUCCCGAAUCACCUCGAUGGCUCGCGAAGCAAGAUAACUGGGAGGCGGCCGAAAAAACCAUCUCCAACCUCCGCACUCUCCCCAUCGACCAUCCUUACGUUCGCAGCGAAAUUGCUGAUAUCAGACUUCAAAUGGAGGAACGAAGCACCCACCGUCUCGGCAAGAAAGAGUCCUUCCAGAAACUCUUUGCAAAGGGUACACGUAAUCGUAUUGGUAUUGGUCUACUCUUGAUGGCUUGCCAGAAUCUGACAGGUGUCAAUAUCAUUACCUACUACAGCCCGAGAAUCUUCGAGACUUUGGGGAUCAAAGGCACAUCGACCAAACUCUUUGCCACGGGCUUCUAUGGGAUCGCAAAGACUCUCGGCAUGAUAGUCUUCUCAUUCUUCUUGGUAGAGAAGAUUGGCCGGCGCAAAGGUCUGAUCUAUGGAGCCUUCAUUGGCUCUCUUCCGAUGUGGUACAUUGGAGGCUAUGUCUUCAAGGCUGACCCGGCAACUGCUGCCUCUGAUGGUGUUGUCCAGCAGACCGGAUGGGGCUAUCUCGCCAUGGUUUGUGUAUACCUCUAUGGCUUCAUCUACUGCGCUACAUGGCAAGGCAUCACGUGGGUAUAUUGCAGUGAGAUUUUCCCUCUGGAUAUCCGAAUGCUUUGCGUCGCCAUCACGACUGCCGAUCAAUGGCUGUGGUCCUUUGUCAUCUCAAGGACGACUCCUUACAUGAUCACAUCAUUGGGCUACGGAACUUAUAUGUUCUUCGGAGCUUUGAUGAUUAUUAUGGGCUUCUGGGCAUUCUUUUUCGUCCCCGAGACCAAAGGCCUCACACUCGAAGACAUGGACGAUCUCUUCAUGAAACCACUACAUCGUGCCACGUGGAAUCAACUCCGCGGAGAGGGAGGCCGCAGGAACAGAGACUCGGGUUCCUCUCUAGAUUCAGCUGUCAACGAGAAGGAUCUUGGUCUAGUCCAUAUUGAGCUAGGUGAGAAACAGGAGGAAAGAAAGGUGUCUCCGUAG